CUGGACGCCGCUGGCCACGCGAACGGCGUCUCGCCGUCAAGAAGAACCCCGAGGGGCUCUCGACGAGAGCGAUUCGUUGUUUUAAACAUUCAACUCAAAGUGAAGACCUCGUUCGCGUUUAAAAAAACAACCCGCGGUGUUUUGCUUUAGCGAAUUAGACGGCGAUAAAAGUGCCGCGCAUUGGGACUCGGGGUACGGGGAUCGCGACCCAGUGGCUCGUGGAGUGGAAAUUCGCGCUGCUGCUGCUGCUGCUACAAAGCGAUGACAGCAUCGGCGUCUUUGACAAGGAUGGACGGCCCCCGUGCGAGGGGGCCCACGGCAGGACGGGGCCGUGGUCGAGGAGGGGUCCCCCCCAGGCCUCCGGGGAGCGCGUGGGCGGCGGGGGUGCCCGGAGGAGUUGCGGGGUCGCUUUUCCCGGGCGGUAGAGGUCGAGCUGGAACCCCUGCUCGCCCUCCAACUCCGGUGGCAAGAGGUCAACCGGGGCCAAAUAUGGGGCCCGCUGCUGGUGGGGUGAAGGUGGCGCGUGGGGGCGCAUCCAUGGACGGCCGCUCAGCCCAGCAGAGAUUCCACGAGGCUCAACUCGCCAACCAGGCGGCCGCCAGAAAAUUCACCAACGAUUGCGACAGGUCCACCUCCUCGGAUGAUGACGACGACGACGAUGAGGAUAACGACGUUAAGGAAGCGCAGAGCAACAGAAUCCUGGACUCGGCACUCCGCCAAUACACAGGGCAAGCAGGCACGGAGGGGGCGGUUGUGCUGGAGAGGACGAGGCAGCUGCUUGAGGAGUGUCUGCAGUCGGGGGCGCUCUCCUGUCUCGUGUGCAUCAGCAGCGUGAAGCGCACGCACGCCGUGUGGAGCUGCAUGGGAUGCUACAGCGUGUUCCACCUGCCGUGUGUGCAGCAGUGGGCUCGGGACAGCGCUCGCCUCGCUGUGCCCUCCCCGCUCUCCCCACAGCACUUCCCGGCUGUCGACACGCCCUGGCACUGCCCCAAGUGCCGUCACGAGUACGCGCGGAAGGAGGCACCCAGCGUGUACUACUGUUGGUGCGGCCGGGAGCCCGACCCCCGGCCCGACCCGUGGCUCGUGCCGCACUCGUGCGGGGAGGUGUGCAACCGCGAGCUGCGGCCGUCCUGUGGCCACCGCUGCCUCCUGUUGUGCCACCCGGGCCCGUGCCCCCCUUGCCCCCAGGUGGUGCGCGUCCCAUGCCACUGUGGAGGGGGCGGCGUUCAGAGCCGGCGCUGUGGGGGGCGUGCGUGGUCGUGCGGCACCCCCUGUGGUCGCGCCCUGCCAUGCAGGCAGCACAAGUGCAGCGUAACGUGCCACGCAGGUGAGUGUCCCCUGUGCCCGCACGUGAGCUCCCAGCUGUGCUGCUGUGGGACCUCGCGUGCUAUGAGGCCGUGCAGCUCCCCUGACUGGCAGUGCAUAAAGGUGUGUGGGAAGGCAUUUGACUGUGGCGUACACACGUGUGAGCUCGUGUGCCACGCGGGGGCGUGUGGUUCGUGUCCACGCUCCGGGGAGCGCAGCUGUCCCUGCGGAAAGACAAGGUGCUCCUUGCCGUGCACGGAGGAGGUGCUGCUGUGUGGGGACACGUGUGGCCGCCUCUUGUCAUGCGGCGUCCACACCUGCGCACAGCGCUGUCACCGUGGACCCUGCGACACCUGCCGGCAGGUGGUAGAGAAGGUGUGUCGGUGCGGUCGCCACUCGAAGGCGAUGCCGUGCCUCAAAGAGUAUCUGUGCGACACGCGCUGCACCCAGCAACGCACCUGCCAGCGCCACGCCUGCCGGCGCAAGUGCUGUGACGGGAGCUGCCCACAGUGCGACCAGGUGUGCGCCCGUUCCCUCUCCUGCAAGAACCACAAGUGCUCCUCCAUUUGCCAUCCCGGCAGCUGCUAUCCGUGCGGGGUGAGCGUGGAGGUGAGCUGUGCAUGCGGUUCCACGAAUGUCACGGUGCCGUGCGGUAGGGAGAAGCACACACGCCCCCCACGCUGCAAACAGCUGUGCAGCGCCCAGUCGGACUGCCACCAUGCGGCACGCGAGCCCCACCGCUGCCAUGGGGGGCCGUGCCCCUCGUGCCGCCAGACGUGUCGCCUCCCGCUCAAGCCGUGCGGGCACGUGUGUCCCGCCCCGUGCCACGAUAACGACACGCUCGCCGAGCCCGCCGCGGCUCAGCGCGCUGGCCCCUGGGAGCUGCCAGCGCCCGUGGUGAAACGGGCGGUGUCGUGUCCACCGUGCAUGCAUCCCACCCCCACGAAAUGCCUGGGAGGCCAUGAGGAGAGUGCGUUGCCGUGUCACGCCGCCCGCCCCUCCUCGUGCGGCCGUGCGUGUGGUCGAUUGCUGGUGUGUGGGAACCACACCUGCUCGCUGGUGUGCCACGCCGUCACGGGCUCCGGCCUACAGGCCGGCCCGGAGUGUGCGGUGUGCGAGGAGGGGUGUGCACGGUCCCGCCCGGCGGGGUGUACCCACCGGUGCAAGCGCCGGUGCCACCUGGGCCCCUGCCCGGCCUGCACACACACCAUACGCACACCCUGCCACUGCACACUCGUGUCCAUCCAUCUGUCUGCCAGCGAGCUGCUCUCCGCCGGUGAGACGGAGCGAAGCAAACUGCUCUCCUGCAAGAACCAGUGUCCGCGAAAGUUGGAGUGUGGACAUCGCUGCCGCGCCCUUUGCCACCCGGGCGCGUGCCAGACCGGCGAGGCGUGUACGCACCGCGUGCGCGUGCGGUGUGCAUGCACGCGCAUCAAGAAGGACUCGGUGUGCUGGAAGGUUCAAACUGGCCAGCUGCGCGUGGAUUGUGAUGAGGGAUGCGAGGAGGAAAAACACAAACUCCAGCAGGUGAAGUUUGCCGAGGAGCAGGCUGCCUUAGAAGAAGAGGAGAAAAAGAAACAGGCGGAGCUGGAGUCUUACGCGCGUCUCUUCGGGAAGAAGCGCCGUCGCGAGCGCUCCCAAGCACUCUCCGCACCCGCUGCCUCGCACACGCGCAGGAACAUCGCCAUCACAGCCAUCGCCGCCACCGUCAUCGCCAUCAUCGCUUCCGCUGUCUCUUACAUAUACAAGGAUUGAUCAUUACCCAUCAUCGCAUUCAUCACCAUCAUCACAACCAUCAUCGCCAUUAUCACGAGUAUCACCAUCAUCAUCAUUGCCAUCAUCAUCACUGUUAUAACCUAGGCCAGUUUGGACUAACACUCACCUUCGCCAUGACCCUCGUCAGCACAGGUACACUCAAUACUAUAACAAUGUUGAUGGUGGUGAUAUAUUAAUGCGGGCUGUUUACUUGAGGGUAAUACAAUCAUGUUUGUUGUUGGAAUAAAUGGAGCUCAUAUAGUGAUUAGACACACGACCCGAGGCCUACGCACAGCAGACACACAUCCGUACACCGAUGUACCCCCUUUGUCAUUCUAUGAAUUUUCACGAUUCGGGAUGGCAAUAUUUAAUCAAAUAGAUUCUAUUAACCAAGUUCUUAGUUGACUGUCUUAGCCCGGCCACUAAUGGCUGCACAAAAAAAGCCCAUCGCAUUAUAGAUUGACCGCAGUGAAUUUUUUAAAAUGUAUUCUUGAAUUGAACUGUGGCCCUGAAUUGAAAUAUUUCUUACAACUGCAAUGGGGUGAAUUGUUCACCCCCCUUCCACCCAAUGAAAAACCACAGUAAAUAAUACCAGUCACUCGCACUCGCCAUACACACCACUCUUGCCCACCACACCACUCGUGUUCCUAACACAUGUUCACCACACACACUACUCAUGCUAAUCACACAUACACUGCUCGCAGUGAUAUACAUUUGUUCUCAAAAGAAUUGUGUUUGAAAGUGAUGUGCGCAUGUUAAAGAAGAGAUAUACGGGCAGGAGCGUUCCACUAGAAUGGAUGGGUCCAAGUCCUGAUAGGGUGUUACUCCCCAAGCCGUCAUCAUCUCAGGCUCAUGGUACCACGAUCCAAUUUUACGUCUGUGCAUGAGUCUAUUGUAUCACUCCAUCUCAUAUUAGAAGGGGAGACAUCCUUUGGCAAAAUUGUUCAGAGCAACAUUAUUAAGUGUUUUGUUUUCUCCAUUAGCUUGACCAGAGAGACAAUGGCAUAUAGAGACGUACAUAAAAAAAUUAACUCCAUUAAACUGUACACAAAUGCACAGCCUUGUACUGCCAUCUGCUGGCCACAUAGCCAAACUAAUUUUACUAUGUCCUGAAGUCAGACCGUUUCAUGAGCAGAUCUUGAUUCCCCAAUUUGACGUCUCACCCCACCACCUCUGAGCUUGCUUCGUGAACAAGAUUUAGUUUAAAUAAGGGGCCGUAAGUCAGAUUCCGUGGGGCGUGGUGCUGGAGUCGGCAACGACGUUGGUCCCAUCGCCUUCAGUGAGUACCCGCGGCACGCAGGAGAGCCACGUUGGCAGCAGGACGGGGCAGGUAAGGGGCCGUCCAUAAAUGAGGUCACGCACCUAGAGGAGGGGGAGGGGGUGAGAAAUGUGACGUCACAUCAAAAUGCGCAACUUUAAAUAAAUAUAGACAACACGUUCUACUUAAUUAAAUAGACAUUCUCCGACAACAGAGUGCAGCACCACAUUAAAUACGCACUACAAUGACAAUAGUUUAAAGCGAUUUGAAGCAUGUUUUUUUUGGGGGGUGGGGCAGAGCUUUGUGACGUUAUACAGUAUUUGAGGGGGGGGGUCUGACUUUCUGUGACGAAGAUGGGGGGGUCAAAAAUCGUCCAAAAUCGCGCGACGUCAUUUAUGGACGUCCCUUAAGGUGGUCGGCGGUUGCGGACAGAAGGUUUUGGGAAGGAAGAGUCAAAUCUAAUUGUGUUUUUGCUUCAACACUUGCGCACCUUACUAGCACAUCUGCCACGCAUUGAGCGAAUUUCACAGUGGAAUCGCAGCAGCCAGCCAGGCCCAACGACGCAUUCUGCCGAUAUACCGUCCCUCCACAUUCUAAACGUUGCAAGGCAACGAUUGUGACCAUGGGAUGAAGCCCUCCUCCCAUCAGGCCCAGCAUGCCACGUGCCAUCACGCUGUGUAUUUUAUGCACGCAGCGGUAUUAUUGAUUAAUUAAGGCAAACAUGGGGCUGUAUUAUUGAGACCACUGGAUACCAGUUUCGUGCUUACACGUAGUAUGGUGAGGUUGCGUGGCAUGCAAGGCAUGACGGGCAGACCGAUUGUAAUCGUGCAUUUCGGUGUAUAUAAAUUACCUUGUACGUGCAUUGCAUACCCAGGGAACAUACAACGUUGGCAUGUGGUUGGAAACGUACUUUCCAACCCUACCGAUUUAAGCGUUAUUCUGCCAAUGUUUUUACCGCGACACCAAAUAACCGAAUUUCGAUAUUCAUCAUUUCCCUUGUUAAUGCGAUCUUUGCUUUGAUAAUUAGUUUGCGGUAACAUUGUUUUUUAAGUGCAACCUGCUGCUUACACUGGUAGGGUUAGCCGUAUUGCUAGGUUUACUCAGCAUUUACCCAGUAAAACACGCAAUUCUGAGCCAACGUUGGUCUAUCAUCGUUUGGUCCAACGGUUCCACCCACGUGUCAACUUUGACCAUAUUGUUGCAUGUUUGCUGAGUAUCUGAUGAGUUACAUUCGCAGAAAGUGUUGCAAUUGGUGUGCUGAAUCCCAACCCUCAGCACGUGUUGUGUUUCGGGAGGCAAGGCGCACGCUGCGCCGUCGUGCCGCCGUGCCGAAGCGCGUCCAGGAAGGCGUUUGCCACAAGUUCCGCUUGCAGCCCACGAAACUUCCCCCUUUUUGUCACACGUUGGGACUUUUUUUGUGCCUAUAUUUUUUUCGCUGCCACUGCUGCCACGAGUCCCAUUUAUAGCCCUGCCUGCCAACAUAGCGAUGUUGAGCAAGGAGGACUUACAGUGCGCGUGUCGGCAAGGGUUGUAGUAUACGACACCUUUCACCAAUGAUCCCCAAUGUCGGUUAAACCCGUCUUGGCAAAUGGCAAAUAGGUGAUCAUGGCCACACCACCGCACUGAUGAUCAAUAAUGAUAAAAGUACAUGUGAUGGAUCAAUAAUGAUAAAAGUAAGUACAUGUACAGCUUUUUAGUUCGCUGGUGGUUGAGCGCUUUCCCACGCCGUACGGGUCAUGGAGGUCAAGUGAUGAAUUCGCCAUUGCGGGUUCGUGAAUGCAUAAGACAGACGUGUGUGCACGACCCUGUGCUGACCACCACGGAGCCCUACCGGCAUUCUGCCCAUAACAACUUGGCGUGCACGACGGCCGCCCAUCCGCGUCCUAUCCAUCUUUAAAACUGCUUAGCUUUACAGAUCUGACGCACGGAGCGCGCAUUCCAGGCUAAUUGGUGAUAGACGGAUGAAUAUGGGUUCCACUUAAACAUGUAUCUUAGUCCAUCAGCCUAUUGGGUUACCAGACUAAUAUCCAGUAUAAUGUUUAAACACGAUCUCAUGUAAAGUCAGAACUAUUAAACAAUGCUGAUAGGUUAUAAUUUGUUAUAAGCAAGAGCACCUUAUUUAUAAGGCAGAGUCUAGGCCAAUCCAAUAACAAAAACGCUGUUGUCGAGUCUUGUGGGUAAACAAAUAGACCUGUCUUGUGGUCUUUCUCAACCAAUAUUUUUGCUAAAUAUAUAGAAAUGAUAUGCUCUAUUUACUUUGAGGCCAGUUGAACCAAUUAAAAUGUAGAAGCCAGGCACAAUACAAGUAAUGAUACGAACGAGACAUUCAAAUCGGUUCUUAUACAAGACAACAAAUACGGUUUAUAGUAUUCUUGAAUCUAAAUGCAGUCCUGCUGAAUCAUGGCAUUUUAUCAAAUUGAAUGGAGGAAAUUAUUGUGACACUAUGAUGGACAUGUACUGGCAAUUACACAUCUCUUUUUGGAGGUUCUGAGCCGAUGGUGGAAAUUGCACAUUCCUAUGACAAGAGCGAUGGCGCAGUGAUUAGUGGACUGCACCGUGAACUUGGCGAUGUGAGUUUGGAUUCCCAGCCAUGGCUAACAUCAGUGGUUUGGAGUGAUGCCUGUGAACUGGUUCUACCCCCCUCCCCUCUCCGCCCUUCACCAUCCUUCACCGAUCACAGUGGUGAAGUGUGAUCAAGUAACCCCUAUGACGAACGUGGAGUGGCGAGGCCUUCAACAUUGAUUUUACAAAAAAGCGGAAAUAACACAAUUUGAGUAUAUAUCUAUCACAAUCAUUGAAAGUGGACUGUCAUCAAAAUUAAGUAAAGGGGUAAGUCAGAGCUGGUCGAAGUCCCUUUGGAAAACAUAAUUUGGUCAACAAAAUCAGGACGCCAAUGAGGCCUAAUAAGGGAGGCUUUUAAUGCACGUUGGGUGACCAUAACAUAUACAGCUCAUAGAAAAGUUUUCAAAGAAAUACUGAGUGCUGCAUGCUGGGAAAUACGCUGAGAAAAAAACAUUGAAAUCUGAGACAUCACAGUGACAAGAGAAUAGAGAAGUGGGCUUGAGCAGGACAGGUUCCAAGAAGGGGUGAACUCUCGGUAGCCAAGACUUUAACAACAACAAAAACAGCCAAAGGAGAGGACGUGCAUGACGAGAGGACGUCAACUGAGGGGUCUGGGGCAAUUAAAUCAGCUGGUGUGCAGGAGUUCGAUGGAUUUGCUGAGGCUGUGAGAGAUGGUGAUGGCUUGAAGAGGGAUUCGUCCAGCAGUGGAUAUACUAUGGCUGAUGUGUGUUUAUACCAUCAUUCUAUACCAUGUGCAGUUAUUUAACAUGCAGGUUCACACUUCGGUGAUGUCAAUUAUGUUUUUGUAAUGCAGAUAAUUUAAUUAUUUGAAUAUUUUAAGGACAGGAAAAUCGAUGUGUUAUUGACCGACUAGGCCUUCAUCACGAAUAAACAAGGGUGAUGGCGGUGAUGUAUCUUGCCAUCGGCGAAAUCCAGGCGACGGCAGUGUCUCCUUUUGCAUGGUUCGUUUGUUGAGGUCAAGGCCUGUUAGUGAGCACCUAUUUAAGUCCACAUUUAUUGAUUGUGCGCAUGUGAAAUGGCCUUACAAACAGGUCUUUCCAUCAUACGUGAUCAUCGUAAUUAAUAUUUGUAAUAUGUACUGCUGGAUGAAGGUCUCCCCACACGUGUCGGUUUUGUGGGUGGUUUGACCAUAUUUCACCACGCUGGUGAGUGUGGGUUGGUCAAGCUGGUGACGGAGAGGCUGCUCUGAACAAGUUCAGAUAGAGUAUAGUGCUCCAACCGCCAUAUCAACUUCUCCGUACACCGCACUGAAGUACAAUUCAUCCAGCAUUCAACCCUUUUCACACAUCUAAUUCUCAUAAACCUUACAAUACCACUACAUAUAAAUAAUCUGUCAUAUCGCCCUCAAAUAUUAUUCUUACAGCAGUAUUCACCGCACACAUCCUCUUCCCGUAAACCAUGCGCAUUGUGAAAAUAUAUUACAUAAAACAUGUGUUUUGAGGCCAUACAUAAACCCUGAAAAAUAAAAGCGUGACUAAAGUCACAAAGAAGUUAAAUUAUGAUUUCAAGCUUUCGUGACUGCAGGAAUUACUCUUUGGUUCUUUCGGUAAAGUCGCGUAGAAAGAAAAAGAAAAUUAUUUAAAUACGAAGUUUCGAUUGCAAAACAAGCAGUCGUCAUCAGGUAGAACUAAAUUUGAGAGACAAAACACAAACACGGAGACACAAGCAGAGAGAGACACAACAUAGACACACAGAGACCCAAGAAGAGAGAGGGGGGCAGAGAGAGUUGUGGGUCUGCUGGAGCAGAGAAAUUAGCAUGUCAAUGAGAGAGUUGUGUGGAAAUCCACCCCAAAGCGGCCGGGAGAGAAAGAGCGAAUGGACCUAUGAGAGCCUGGUAAAUUUUAGAGAGAGAAAUAGGCAGUUUGAGAAAACAAAAUUAGUCGGAGCGGGCCACACACAGGUGGAGUGAGCAGCGCUGCGCUGGAGGCAACGAGGACGUCUAUCGAAAUUGAAAUAAAUACAAAUAACUUUAACCGUUCGGAUAGCUACCGCCUUAGUGCUGCGUGGAAGUUGGCUGUGUCGGGUGGUGGCAGGUUUUAACGACUUUUACGCGAUCUAACCCCAAAAAAAACCUCUAUUAUAGAUCAACAGAGAAAAUCAGUCAAGUUUUGACUGGACUGAAAAUAGCAACGUAAAAUAGGGGGUAAACUGCAUUGACUUGAAGCUGUGGGACAGGAAUAACGUGGAUAUAAAAAUUUAGAAAAUCAACAACCGUGACACUUAACAAUGCAUUCGGGUAGGACGGCCGUACUGCUGCUGAUGAUUUAUAAAAUAAUAAUGAAACUACUCCUGGCCACAGUGAUUCUUUGUUUUGACAUUGUGGUGAUCGUAGCGGCCUCGGUCGGCUGAAAGGAGUCACGUGAACCCAAUACGUACAACCAUGUGUAUAUGGACAGACCGUUUGCCAUUCCACUGCUGUUUGAGGGUUUAUGAGAUUAUGCUUCACUGCGCUGGUCAAUGCGAGUUGGUGAAGGUUGGGGGAGUAACAGUCUCCCUCCCCCCACUGCCCACAGCGCAAAUUACUGCUGCCGGUUGCGCAUGGCGGUCACUCAUCCAAGCACUACCCAGGCUCAAACUCUGCUUAGCUUCCGAGCUCCGAUGGGAUCGGGCGCAUUUCCUCGUUAAGGAGAAUAAACCAUCGUCACAUGAACUCCGGUCGUCAUCCUCGCAGCGGCGGCUUGUGGCUGGCCGUCGAACAAAGACGGCGGUCACCGCAUCGCGCGGCGCUUUCAGAUGCGCUUCUGUGGCCGUCUGGAAUGCUCUUCUUUCCGAUAUUAGGAAGCCACUGGAGAUGUGCAAAUUUUAAACAUCUAGAUUGGCAAACUCAUUUCUUUACAACUGUUUUUUGUGUUGAGUCUGUUGUCCUUCCCACGCACCUCCGAUUAGCACGUUUGGCUAUGUACGGUGCGAAAUAAGUUCAACAUACAUACACAUACAUACACAGCGCCCUCUAGUGAGUGUAUCAUUGGUACUCCAUUUAUAUUCCCCAGAAGGAUGAUAAGCUGAUUGUCAUGAUCUUCUAUAUAUAAAAAAGGGAAAUUUGUGAAU